AGGCCAUAGCUCUCGUUCACUCUCGUUUGCCACAGCCAGCAGCCUAUCAGCAUCGCUCGCUAGCUUCCAGCUCCAGCAACAGCUUGUCGUGUGCGUUCCUUGACUCGCAUCUGCGCUGCGAACAAUGCCGGCCAUGGUGGAGGAGCUCCGGGCUGCGGCGGAGGCGGAGCCGCACUUCCUGGUGGUGACCUACCCGGCGCAGGGUCACAUCAACCCGGUGCGCCACCUCGCGCGCCGCCUGCUGCGCGCCACGGGGGCGCGGGUCACCGUUUCCACGGCCGUGUCCGCGUUCCGCAAGAUGUUCCCGGGCGAGGACGACGACGCGGCGGCGGAGGGCCACCGCGACGCCGCGGGGGUGUGGCACGUGCCCUACUCCGACGGCUACGACGCCGGCUUCGACCGCGCCGUGCACGACCACACGCACUACCUGUCCCAGGUCAAGCUCGUGGGCUCCCGCACGCUCUCCGCCGUCAUCGCCCGCCUCCGCGAUGCGGGCCGCCCCGUCACGCUCGUCGUCUACACGCUCCUCCUGUCGUGGGUCGCCAACGUCGCGCGCGGCCACGGCGUCCCCGCCGCGCUCUACUGGAUCCAGCCGGCCACCGUGCUCGCCGCCUACCUCCACUUCUUCCGCGGCACCGACGGCGUCGACAAGGCCAUCGCCGCCGCGGGCGGCGACCCCUCGGCCGCCGUCAGCCUCCCGGGCCUCCCGCCGCUCCGCAUCCGCGACCUGCCGUCGUUCAUCACCGCCACCUCCGAGAACGACCCGUACGCGUUCGUCGCCGACAUGUUCCGCGUCGUCGACAUGCUCGGCCGCGAGGACAGCCCCAGCGUGCUCGCCAACACGUUCGACGCCAUGGAGCCCGAGGCGGUGGCGUCGCUGCGGGAGCACGGCGUCGACAUCGUCCCCGUCGGCCCCGUGCUCUGCUUCCUCGACGGCGCGACGGCGGCGGCCGGUGCCAAGAGCGGCGGCGGCAACGACCUGUUCAAGCAGGACGAGGGCUACCUCGAGUGGCUGGACGCGCAGGCUCCAGGCUCGGUGGUGUACAUCUCCUUCGGGAGCCUGUCGAUGAUGAGCACGCGGCAGAUCGAGGAGGUGGCGCGCGGCAUGUCGGAGAGCGGCCGGCCGUUCCUGUGGGUGCUGCGGGCGGACAACCGCGGCGGCGCCGCCGAUGUGGACGCCGCGUCGCUCGGCGGCGAGCGCGGCAUGGUGGUGGAGUGGUGCGACCAGGUGCGGGUGCUCUUGCACCCGGCGGUGGGGUGCUUCGUCACGCACUGCGGCUGGAACUCGACGCUGGAGAGCGUGGCGUGCGGAGUGCCCGCCGUCGGGGUGCCCCAGUGGACGGACCAGGGCACCAACGCGUGGCUGCUGGAGAGGCUGGGCACCGGGGUCAGGGCCGCCGUCAGCGACAAGGACGGCGUGCUGGAGGCCGGCGAGCUGCGGAGGUGCCUCGACUUCGCGGCGUCCGAGAUGGUGCAAGCCAAGGCCGUCUUGUGGAGGGAGAAGGCGCGCGCCGCGGCGGCGGAGGGCGGCUCGUCGGAGAGGAACCUCAGGGAGUUCGUCGGGAAGCAACUCACCGCCGGCGGCAACUAGGCUGAUGUCUCGCUCUCGAUCGCGUCGAUGCAUUGCUCUAUGUCGAUACUAGGAUGAACUCAACAAGAACAUAGUACACGGCACUUAAUACUUGCAUUAUUGUUGUUUGGAUCUGGUUCCGAUUAAAGUAAGCUAGGCUUGUUACUGCUACUUGGGAAACAUCAAAAUCGGCACGGUGUGCUCUUCAUGGAUUUUACGGACACACGUAAAAUGACAUUUGAAGUUGGUGUCAUAUUUCCUCCCCCAAGCAUUGCAAUUUUGCACUAAAUAAAUCAAAUUUUGACUAGAUUUUGAAAUUUUUAA